AUGACGUGGGACUAUUUCCCACCGGAUGAGAUGGAGGAGGAGUCGGGCUGGACACAGGUUCGCUACCGAGGGGGAAGACGACGGGACGUUCAGCGGAACCAGCAGAAUAGAGGACGUUUCCAACGACGCCACUCUCCCCAGCAACGACGGCCUCGCUAUCAACAGGACUGCAGCUGGCAGUCGCAGUACCCCCAGCGGUACCCCCAGAGACGCAAGUCUUACGCGUCAGCCGCCAGGUACGGUCCCUCUUACCCCCAGCGUCCAUUCCAACCCUCCAGGAGCCGCAGUAGGGGCUUCAAUAAGCGGUACCAGAACCAAGGGCCCCAGGGUUGGAACCGACAAAAGAAACGCGCUCGGCGACCCCCACAGGGACAGUACGCGCAGCAGGGCGCACAGACCCGAAACCGGUCAGAGGCGCCACAAAGAUCUGAUGACCCAGACUUCACAAUAAAGGUCAGAACCAUGCACAGACUUCUUAAAGCGGCACAUCAUUUGAAAAUGUCGGACAAGGACAAUAAUCCACCUGGUAUCCAAAAUAUAACUGCGUACUUGGCCACGAUUAUUCAACCUGCGGCCCCAUCCACUAGAACUUCCACAUUAAUAGAUGGUAAUGCGAGGUCGUGGGCCUACACCACCAUGCUGAUCCUUAGACAACACUACCAAGAUCAGAUGGAGUCAGAAAAACGCACUUUGCAAGAUCUUGGGGGAAACCUACUGGCUCCAUUAGAAAUAGUCACUAAAUGGGCCAGAAGGAACUUGGGGAGACGUUUCAGACCAGAAUCGGUGGAAGAGGUGCAGGUCUUCCUGAUGUCGGAUGAGAAAAAGGACUCACAAGAACCAGCAACUCCCUCAUCGGAAAAUGGUGAACCUGAUGAACGUACAUCUGUUCUUGAGUCCUCCACGCAGACCACGCCCCCUCCGCACUCCCAACAACACAGGGGGCAGAGUGAGGAUGAACUUUCCGUUUAUGCAUCCUCUCCCUACGCUCCCAGGGGCUCCGUGAGAUCACAAUCUCCUCUUCCGGCCCCCCCACCUUCACCACCACCACCACCACCCCACAGGACAACAGUGGCAACGAUGACGGAACCAUCCAGAGGGGACUGGUCACCUGCAGCAUCCAACGAGGAACGACACAGCAGCCGUCCCCUCUUUCCAGCUGUAGCAGCACCACCCACACCAUCACCCCAGGCACGCAGCACUCCACAGACGCCGGCUCUUCCCCAAAGGCAGCGGAAAUCAUCCAGCCAGGAGGAAACGUACACGCAGAGGACAACAGGAUCCUCCCCUUCAGUCGUGAUGGAGUCUCCGCCUCGACCCCGCGGCGUGACAGCAGAGGAACAGACCAUCAUAGACGAAUUCCUUGCUUAUGAAGCAAUGAUGCGCUCACACCCACUACCUGCUGCUUCUGCUCCACCACUGCUGGAACCUACGCCUGUCGCCCUCCGUCGCCGGAUGGAAAAGAGCACACAGAGGCAACUUUCCUUCCAGCAAACGACUCACCCACCGCUCACCGCAGCCACCGCCACCACCCCCACCGGGCCUGAUGAAUCACCUUCAUCUCAGGGUUCAACACUCGGCCUUGCAGGGGGGUCCACAGUUAAGGACACGGUGUGGCGGGUCUUCAAAGGAGCCAUGACUAAUGUCCUCGCCGAGGGCAAAAUGGGAAGGUGGCCUUUGAGAGGCUCCACCUAAAAGGCAUUGUGAUUGGUAAGUUUAAUCAUGACAGUCCCCCCACCACCACUACCACCCCCACCACACCCAUCUAGAGGGCCACAUCAAUGUACGAGUCCAGUUGGUACCAGUGUCAGAAAGAGGCUUGAAGGAACUUAGUAUUUUCCGAGCACAGGCCAUUUCAGGGUCAAAUUUGGCAAACACCUUCUGGGUGACCAGACACUAGAUAGUCAUCAACAGUCCUGGGUGCUCAUUAACUCAUUCUCUGCCAGCCCUUUCCUGAUCGGUAAAGCCCUUCGCUGCCAGCAUUUCUCACCAUUUUUACUGCUUUUGUAAGAGUCACAGAACGUUAAACGCUAGGAUGAUGUUGACGCCAAAACAACCAAAAGAAAGUGGAGACUCACCU